AUCACACCUCUCUCGCACCUCCCCACCGCACGCACGCUCCAAGUCCUCCACCCUCAAACUCCGACCGUCAACCUCCUCGCAUCGAUCAUCUCCAUCCAACCUCCCCGGACCGUUUCCCUUCGCCGCUACCAACCAGGGAAAACAAUGGAAAUCGUCGAACUCAUCCUCGGCGACGACACUCGCGCUGGCUUCGGCGUUUCCUUCUGGCUUGAUCCUAUCGAUAGCCAAGCUCGACCAACCAGCCGCGGAGGUGCGGGUGCUGGUGGAGGUAAAGAUGAAAUGCGGGUUCAGCUGGAGGUUUUACGACGAGGAGAUGUGGUGCUGUUCACGAAUGUAGCGUUGAAGGAAUGGAAAGGGAACGUUUUUGGCCAAAGCUUGGGACGGAAAAUCACGACUAAGAAUGCGACGACUGUGUGGGUCUUCAAAGAGGGCGAGGAGGUGGAUGGAGAGGUGGGACGCAAGAUUGGAAGGGUGAGAGAGUGGGCAAGGAAGUUUGUCGGUGGUGGGAGGGAGGGAGAGUGCGAAGAGGGUACAAAGGCUCCGCUCGGGAAGAGGAAGCGGGACGGCAGUCUAUUGCCGCCUGAGACG